AGGCUUACUUCCGGGACUUAACAAGCGUGGGUUAGCUGAAGGCGUGCCUGCCUGUCUACCUAAAUAUGCACGUCUACGGGCUCGCACCAGUUUUACACAACAAAGAUGGCUGCGCCCUGUAGGGAGCUACUGAGGUCGGUGGCCGUAAGCGGUCUACGUCAAAUAGCAAGCGGAUUUUCAUGUAUUGGUCAAUCUGCUGCACUUAAAGCUUCCAACUUUGGUUCCCACCUAAAAUCAUCGACCAAUAGAAGGGUCCACUGCAGUCAUGGGACCGCUCUGAUGUGUGUGAAACCCGAACCUCAUAGAACUACGGAGGAAGUGGACCAAGAGCAGCCAGAUUACAUUCCCAGGAAGAAGGCCAAAAACCCCAUGAUGAAAAUAGGUUAUGCCUGGAUGAUUGGAUUGCCAUCGGGAAUAAUUGGUUUCAUUCUUGCAAAGAGAGAGGUUGACAAGAACCGACUGAAGCAGUUGAAAAUCAGACAGCGUAUGAAGAGAGCAAAUGAAGGGGUUUAUGAAAGUGAAAGAUACAAACUACACCAAAAAGUUGAAUGAAAACUUUAUUUAAAGAAAUGUAUUUAAAUGUACAACUUUUACAAUCUUCUACAUACAUAAUUGAAAUUGACCACAUUAAAAAUGGUACUGGGCUGUUGCAUUACAACCCUUCACAAGGAAUUCCAAGGACUGAUGUUCACUCUAAAGAUUUACAAACCCAACUUGAUCAACGGAACUUAUUGUAGUUUGCCUAUAGGUGCAGUAGUUGCAGUUAUUUUUUCAUUUUUAUUUUGAAGGUUAAAACAUUUUGACAUAC